AUGUCAUUAAGAUCUAAAUUAUCAUCAUUACGAGAAUAUCUUACUCCUAUCAAUCAUAAUUCCAAUUUUGUUACUACGGGAGAAAUUAGUCCUGAAGAAUUUGUUAAAGCUGGUGAUUAUUUAGUUUAUAAAUUCCCAACGUGGCAAUGGGGUAAUGAUUGUCCUAAAAAUUUACAAAAAUCAUUUUUACCACCAGAUAAACAAUAUCUUGUAACGAGACAUGUUCCUAGUUAUCAAAGAGCAUCUAAUUAUCUUACUGGUGAAGAUAAAAAAGGUGCAAACCCAGAAGAAGACGAUGAGGAAGAGGAAGAGGAGGACGAAGAAGGGUGGGUGAAAUCAAAAAAAAUUCAUAAAGUGAUUGAUGAUACACAUGACUCGCAAAUUAAUAAAGGUGAAGAAAUUAAUGACAUUGAUGAUUUUAUUGAUGAAAAUGCUGAAGAACAAGAACAUGAUCAAAUUGGAGACCAUGAAUUAGAUGAUGAUGAAUUUGAUGAUUUGGAUAUAAUCAAUGAUUCCAAAAAUAAUAAAUUACGAAGAUUUGAUUUAUAUAUCACUUAUUCAACUUCUUAUCGAGUUCCUAAAUUAUAUUUAGUAGGGUUUGAUUCUAAUGGUAUUCCAUUAUUACCACAACAAAUGUUUGAAGAUAUAAAUUCUGAUUAUAAAGAUAAAACCGCCACCAUUGAGAAUUUACCGGUUGCUCAUAAUACAACUUCAGUAUCAAUACAUCCUUGUAAACAUUCUUCAGUUAUGAAAGUCCUUAUGAAACAUUCAAAAUUGAAUAAGAAAAAUUUGCAACAAAAGGAUGAGAGUCUAAGUGAUGAUUUGAGUAAGUUAUCAGUAAAUGAGAAAAAAACACAGGAUGAACAUUCACAAAUAAAUAAUGAUGAUAAAGAAGAAGAAGAAGAAGGUAUCAGGGUUGAUCAUUAUUUGAUUAUAUUUUUGAAAUUUAUUGCUAGUGUCACUCCAGGUAUUGAAUACGAUUAUACGAUGGAUGCCUUAUGA